UUAUUUUAUUUAAUUUUUUAGAAUUAAUCCUCUCUCGUCUUCCCCAAACUCCAUUUUCGAACUUGUUGUUAUAUGAUCGGAGAAGUGGUCACUUGAUCUGCCAAGUUCUUCUUCUUCUUCUUCUUCUACCUCGUCGUUGCUUUUGAAGCAGAACUUGUAUGAGAUUUUGUUGUAUAGGACUCUUUUUGCGUGUUAAUCUAGGGUUUAUCGAAUCGUUUCGUUUCUCUUGUUAAGAGUUGUCAGAGUUCAUCGAUUGGUCAGAGCCGCUUUUGUUGAAUUCUAAAAUUUUUCUUCUGGUGGUUUCGUUGCUUUAUUGAAAUAUCUGAGAAUUCUGGUGUGGCGGAGUUACUGAGUUAUUGGAAGAAAUUAGGGUUUUGAUUCCGAUUUUUGAUUCAUGGAUAUCGAUGGUGUAAACGAUGUUCAGAUUUUGGAUCAUGAGCUCUUGCAGCUUCCGGGUUUGUCUCCUGUAUCGCUCAAAGCUAACCCUCAUAUUGCUGAGGAACUCUUCUCUCAGUGGCUUUCACUCCCUGAAACUGGCCGAUUGGUCAAGUCUUUGAUCGAUGAUACUAAAUCUAGCACCCCAGGCAGUGUAUCCAAGAAUUGUACCAAUCUCAGCGUUGCUUGCGGAAGUGCAUUGCCAUCUGUGUUUCUGAACAGCGGCACUCCCCCACUAUCCCCACGAGGCUCACCUGGGUCUCCUCGUUUCUCAAGGCAAAAGACAAGCCCUUCUCUACAGUCUCCUCUGAAAUCAGUCAGGGAACCAAAGCGCCAACUCAUUCCUCAGUUUUACUUCCAACAUGGGCGUCCACCUGCGAAAGAAUUAAGGGAGGAAUGUAUAUCCAUGGUUGAUCAAUGUUUUAAUAACUAUAUAGACGGAGCUCAUAUGGAUGAAUUCAAAUCCAUUACUAAAGAAGUGUGCAAGCUGCCUUCUUUUCUUUCUUCUGUACUAUUUAGAAGGAUAGAUACGAGUUGCUCCGGUAUCGUUACAAGGGAUGCAUUUAUCAAGUAUUGGGUUGAUGGAAAUAUGUUGGCAAUGGACGUAGCCUCACAGAUAUAUAAUAUUUUAAGGCAGCCAGGUUGCAAGUACCUUAGACAGGCUGACUUCAAACCACUUCUUGAUGAGCUUCUGACAACUCAUCCAGGCCUGGAAUUCCUCAGGAAUACACCUGAAUUUCAAGAAAGAUAUGCUGAGACUGUCAUCUACAGAAUAUUUUACUACAUAAACAGAUCAGGUACUGGUUGCAUUACUCUUAGAGAGCUGAAGCGUGGGAAUCUUAUUGCUGCCAUGCAACAAGUUGACGAAGAAGAUGACAUCAAUAAAGUUAUUAGGUACUUCUCCUAUGAGCAUUUCUACGUUAUAUACUGCAGAUUUUGGGAACUCGAUGGCGACCAUGAUUUCCUUAUUGAUAAGGAAAACCUCAUCAAAUAUGGUAAUCAUGCUCUUACCUACAGGAUUGUCGACAGAAUAUUUUCACAGGUCCCUAGGAAAUUUACGAGCAAAGUCGAGGGGAAGAUGAGUUAUGAAGAUUUUGCAUACUUCAUUCUUGCUGAAGAGGAUAAGUCAUCUGAGCCUAGUCUUGAGUAUUGGUUCAAGUGCAUAGACCUUGAUGGAGAUGGGGUGAUCACUCCCAACGAAAUGCAGUUUUUCUACGAAGAGCAGCUUCAUCGCAUGGAAUGUAUAACCCAGGAACCUGUACUGUUUGAAGAUAUCCUAUGUCAAAUAUUUGACAUGAUUAAACCAGAGAAGGAGAACUGCAUCACACUCCAAGAUCUGAAAGCAUCUAAACUUUCUGGAAAUAUUUUCAAUAUACUCUUCAAUCUGAACAAAUUCAUGGCAUUUGAAACUCGUGACCCAUUUCUUAUUCGCCAGGAACGCGAGAAUCCAACACUGACAGAAUGGGACCGAUUUGCUCAGAGAGAGUAUGUGCGGUUGUCAAUGGAGGAAGAUGUGGAGGAAGUCUCGAAUGGGAGUGCAGAUGUUUGGGACGAACCACUCGAAUCUCCAUUUUAAGUGCGACUCGUAAGAGUUUUUGGUAAGAAGAAGAAGAAGAAGAAGAAGAAGAAGAAGAGGUUGGAUCUUCUUGGCUGGUAACAGCUGCGAAAUCGUCUCGCAGACAACCACGAAAGCUUGUCCAUUCCACCUAGAGGUUUGCGUCCCACGCAUAGUCUGUGGUUAUUUCGUGAAAUAUGUGUUCUUGCUUAGGUUGUUCAUGGUUGGACCUGGACCUUAUUUCAAUCUUUGUAUAUUAUUUAUAUACAACGGUUUAUAGUGUUUUGAGGAACCAACAGCAACGGUUUAAUAAUGAAAAAUCAAAAGAACUAUGUACAAAGACACUUCUUUUUGUGUGUUGGGAACAAGUACACAAAUCGUAGAACUUGUUUUU